CGAUUUACGAAGCUCUCUCCUUCGAUAAUCGUCCCUCCUCUUCAACUAUAUCUCAUGGAAUCAGACAAUAAAUUCAAAGUUUACGGAUAUUUCUACGGCUAGUUUGUCUCACCUGGAAAUUUCCUGCUUCUUUCCUAUUCAUUUUCUCCACUGUUCUUUUCGUUUUCUUGGCAUUUCCCGCCAUGUUAACACCUUCAAGUGCAGGGGAUGUCCGCUUACCAACAACAACAGCCGCGGUUGAGUUCCUCUCGAUUCAACAACCGGCUUACAUUCUUCCAUCCAAUCAAGAGAGAUCAAGAGGAUGGAGAUAAAAAGGGUUACACUGCUUGUUGUAUUCUUGUCGAAUUUGGCUUUCAUCUUUGCCAACACUCCAUCAUCAAACGGGUUGUUAAGAGUGGGAUUGAGGAGGGAACAUUCUAAACUAAAGACAUUAAGUCAUGGAAGAAUCCCUAGAGGAGACCUUAUCUACUCCAAAUAUAUGCCUACAGGUCAUAAGAAGGGGAAGUUUUCAAGUGAAGAUGUUGUAUACUUGAGAAACUUCUGGAAUGCAGAAUAUUAUGGCCAAAUCGGCAUUGGAACGCCUCCACAGUUCUUUUCAGUUAUCUUUGACACUGGAAGUUCUAAUAUCUGGAUCCCAUCUUCAAAAUGCUACUUCUCUAUUGCUUGUUUUAUACAUCCAAAAUUCAAGUCAAAGCUAUCUAGUACAUACACAAAGAUGGGAAAACCUUGUGAAAUCCCUUAUGGUUCUGGGACAGUAUAUGGAUUCUUUAGCAGAGAUUACGCUCAAGUUGGUGAUGUCAUCAUUAAAGACCAAGUUUUCACGGAGGCUACAAGCGAAGAUUUCUUUCUUUUCAUGCUUGCACAGUUUGAUGGAGUUCUUGGACUUGGUUUUCAGAACUUUUCUGUUGGAAAAGCUUCGCCUGUUUGGUCUAAUAUGCUUGAACAAGGUCUAGUAAACGACCCGAUAUUCUCAAUGUGGCUCAACCGAGAUCCUAAUACAAACGUUGGAGGUGAAAUUGUCUUUGGUGGAGUCGAUUGGAGGCAUUAUAGGGGUAAUCAUACAUAUGUCCCAGUUCUUCCUGGUGGUCAUUGGAAGAUUGGGGUUACAGACUUCCUUAUUAGUGGCGUAACAACAGGCCUAUGUGUUGACGGAUGUGCUGCCAUUCUAGACUCUGGGACAUCUUUUCUUGCUGGCCCGACAUCAGUUGUGACGAAGAUCAAUCACGCAAUUGGGGCUGAUGGUGUAGUAAGCUUGGAAUGUAAAAGCAUUGUUUCCAAGUAUGGAGAGUUGAUAUGGGAGAUCUUGACAUCUGGCAUGCAAACUGAGAACUUAUGCGAGAACAUAGGAGUUUGUCUGUACAAUGAAACCCGUCACUCUAUUGAAAAUGUUCAUUUGAGGAUGAGUACUGAUAAGGCGAGACAUAUUCCGAGAACAGACACAACCCUAUGUACAUUCUGCGAGAUGGUAGCUUACUGGUUGGAAAUGGAACUAAAGAAGGAGAAUGCUAAGGAACUAGCAUUCCAAUAUGUCGGUAAGCUAUGUGAGAAGCUUCCGAAUCCUAGGGGGAAAUCGUUUGUGGAUUGCGAUAAGAUUGCUACUUUACCUUAUAUUUCAUUUGUAAUUGGGAACAAGCCUUUCACUCUGGCUCCAGAGCAGUAUGUUAUGAGAGUCCAAGGAAUGGAUAGUGCGGCUUGCAUUAGCGGAUUUGUGGGUAUGGAUGUGGUGUGUCCAGAAGGUCCACUCUGGGUUCUUGGGAAUCUGUUCUUAGGAGCUUAUCACACCGUUUUUGACGUUGGAAAUCUUCGAGUGGGAUUUGCUGUAAGUGCUUGAUAAGGCGGCGUAUUCUUCCCUAAUAGGGAAAGAGUUAACAAAACAAGCCCAAGAGAUUGAUGCUAUUACUUGUAAAUCUUCAUCUUUCUUGAUUUUCUUGAUAUGUAUUCAUUUAAGGUUUUGUUGUAUUGUAUUGUAUUAUCUUCUACCCUUGUCUUGUGUAAGUGUGUACUUGAAUAAAAUGAAAAAAAAAAUGACCAAAAAGGUUUUGUUUCUCAA